UCUCGCCAUUUGGGGACUCUCCAACUUCUCUCUCUCUUAUCUCUCUCUACCCCUUUUCCAUACCCCUCUCUCUAUAUUUAGCAACAUUUUUCCUCUCCUCGUUGUCCUCGUCUUUUCAUAUUCCCUAUAUAAUAACACCGCCAACCCACCGUCUCCGCCCCUCCACCGCAACUCCUCCUUCACCGCCACCGCCCGGUCUGAACCCUUGUAUCUGUACAUAGAUAAAGAAAGAAAGAAACAAAGAAACAUAGAGAGGGGGGAGGGCGUGAUUUGGUAUCUGUACAUAGAAUAGAGAUUUGGAAGCUGUGGGUGUGUUUGUUUUCUUGAUUUAGCAUCCAUAGAAAACAUGGGCAGAGGAAAGAUUGAUAUAAAGUUAAUCGAGAAUGUGAAUAAUAGGCAGGUGACUUUUUCGAAGAGACGGGCUGGUCUUCUCAAGAAGGCUCAGGAGCUUUCCAUUCUCUGUGAUGCAGAGGUUGCUGUUAUCAUCUUCUCCAGUACGGAUAAGCUUUUUGAGUACUCCAGCACAAGCAUGGCGCACACAUUGUCAAGGUACAAGAAAUGCGUGGCUUCUAAAGAUACAACUGUUGCUGCAGAGAAGAAGCCAACGGUAGAGCGCAGGGAAGUGGUAGCUUUGAACAAUGAAAUCUCAGAGCUUAAAUCAAAGCAGAUUGAACUUGGAUGUAAUAUUAGGCAGUUGUUGGGUAAGGAUCUUACUGGUAUGGGCUUGUACGAAUUAAGGCAACUUGAGCAUAAACUCGAUGCAGCACUCUUAGCUAUAAAGGGAAGAAAGGAACAAUUACUGCUGGAACAACUAGAACACUCGAGAAAACAGGAGGAGCUGGCUCAGCAGGAGAAUGAGAUUUUGCGCAGAGAGAUAGAAGAGUUAAGAGGAUUACACCCAUCAGUUCUGAGUGCAGCAACCCCCCCUACUUUUUAUCUUGAAUAUCAUCCUACUGCACAAAGAACUUGUUCAUCUAGCAAAGAUGGCGCUGAGAGUCAAACAGCAUGUGAUGGUGAUUUGGUGGAAGAGGUUUCCGAUACUACCUUACAGUUAGCACCUCCAGAUGGUUCUGGUAGAAAGAGGAAGACGCCUGAACUGGAAACUCGUUCCUGCAAUUCUGAGAACAAUUUGCUCAAGUGACAAUAUGGCUAAAUGUUGAUGCUCUUUUUUAAAUUAUAAGAACAUGGGGGUCGGGCAGACAACAUUAUUCAACGGUGGCGUAAACCGUUAUAGAUUAGCAGUCAAAGCCCACCAGUGUUCUAACAUAUAUUAAAAUGGACUAGACUAAGACUGCCUUUAGGGGCGAUAGGACCCUGGCUGUCGUUCAUAUCUCUUUACCAUAAGUAUACUUUUUAUUUAUUUUGCUUUUUGAGUGACCCAUGGGAUUAGAGAUAUCUCAUUAGAUCCAUUUGUGUUCUUGAUAAAGAUGUGCCUCUCUGUUUUCUGUUUUUCUUGCUUCCAACCACGGGCAGUCAUGUGCUGGAGACAAAUUCCCUUUCAAAUCAGAAUGUUGGAAGCAAGGUGCUGAAGAUUGCAUGCAUCAUGGGAGUAUGCUAGUCGACACGGAAUAGCAAGUAAAGAUGUCUCGUCCAUAUAUGGUUAACUUGUAGUAUCAUUGGCCUAUUAUUGAAGGGGUUGAUUAAUUGCAGUUUGGUAUAAUCGGUAACUCGGUAAGGAACCAUCAUUUCCC